AUGUCUUUCCUUCAUAAUCAUUCUUGCGAGUGCGUUAAGUCAGAAUUGGAUUUGUUUGCACUACCGUCUACACAAACUAGCAUUGAAAAUGGAUUGUGGAUUCAUUAUAAACCAAUUUCAUCUCUUGGUGAUGAUGGACCUAUCGAGUUUCAAGUUCCUGGGACCGGCGAUGACUACAUAGAUUUGUCUCAUACAUUACUCCACAUAAAGGCAAAAGUAUUAAAUCAAGAUUCAACUAACUUGGUAUCUACUACAAUAGUAGCACCUGUAAAUAAUUGGCUGCAUUCACUUUUUAGUCAACUUGAUGUUUAUUUAAACCAAAAACUUGUAUCACCACCUAAUAAUACCUAUGCAUAUCGAGCAUACAUGGAAACCCUUUUAAACUAUGCCCCUGCUGCUAAACAAUCUCAUCUUACUUGUAGCCUUUGGUAUGAGGAUACAGCAGGAAAAAUGGAUUCUACAGAUGGUAAAAACAUAGGAUUUGUUAAAAGACAGGAAUUGAUUAGUGAAAGUAAGGAAAUAGAAAUGAUUGGUCAUCUUCACGGUGACAUUUUUAACCAAGAUAAAUUUUUAAUUAAUGGUGUUGAAAUGAGUGUUAAAUUGGUUCGAUCAAGAGAGAGUUUUAAUUUAAUUGUUGGGUCGAACGAUGUAAAGUUUAAAGUUUGCAUUACGGACGCAACUCUUAUUGUGCGACGAGCACGAAUUAAUCCAAGUGUAUUACUCGCACAUCAAAAAGUUUUAGCUUCUACCACUGCUAAAUAUCCUAUUACUCGAGCUGAAGUAAAAGUUUUAACAAUUCCUUCAGGUGUUCAAGGAAAAACUCUUGAUAAUAUAUUUUUAGGACAGGUACCGAAAAGAUGUAUAAUUGGAUUUGUGAACAAUUCUGCAUUUAAUGGUUCCCUUACUAAAAAUCCAUUUAACUUUGAAAACUAUGGUAUUAAUUCUUUCAGCUUAUAUAUUGAUGGUCAACAAAUACCUUCAAAAGCUUUGCAACCAUCUUUUAAUAAUAGCAUAUUUACAUCAGCAUAUCAUACUCUAUUCUCGGGAACUGGUAUUCACUUUCUUAAUGAAGGAAAUGAAAUCUCUUGUGAACAGUAUGGCAAAGGUUACUGUCUAUUAGCAUUUGACUUAACUCCUGAUUUAUCAGCUAACUCAUCAACUCAUUGGAAUCUCAUAAAGCAUGGUAGUGUAAGAAUAGAAGUACGAUUUGAAUCCUCAUUAAUACAAACAAUUAACUGUAUAGUUUAUGCUGAGUUUGAUAAUAUUAUUGAGAUAGAUAAAAACAGAAAUGUUACUGUAGACUAUAGUAGUUAA